AUGUCUCAACAUUCUCAAGAGCCAGUUGCCAUCAUUGGCUUUGCAUGCCGCCUCCCAGGAGGUAACACUACACCAAAGAAACUCUGGGAGUUUCUCGAGAGAGGAGACAUUGCCUCGAAUAAGGUGCCCAAAUCAAGAUUCAAUAUUGAGGGACAUUGGGAUGGGUCUCAAAAGCCACGCACUAUGAGACCAUGCGGUGGUAUGUUUCUUGAAGAUAUUGACCCGGCGGAUUUUGAUGCUUCAUUCUUUGAGAUCUCGAAGAGUGAGGCCAUCUCAAUGGAUCCAAACCAGCGUCAGAUGCUUGAAGUUGUCUUUGAAGGACUCGAAAAUGCUGGUAUCCCACUAGAAAGUCUUGAUGGGGCACCUGUCGGGUGUUUCGUUGGUUCAUAUGCAUCAGAUUAUGGCGAUAUGCAAAAUAGAGAUCCUGAAGAUAGGCCAGCAAGCAUUACUGUUGGAGUUGGGCGUGCUAUCAUGGCUAACAGACUAAGUCAUUUCUUGAAUAUCAAGGGACCGAGUAUGACUAUCGACACCGCUUGCUCUGGUAGUCUUGUGGGUCUUGAUGUAGCUUGCCGAUAUCUACAGUCUCGAGAGAUAAAUGCGGCUAUCAUCGCAACAAGCAAUCUUUAUUUGAAUCCUGAGCAUGUAAUGGAUCUUGGAGCGGUCGGAAAUGCACAUUCGCCUACUGGGCUAUGUCAUACAUUCGAUAUCGACGCUGAUGGAUACGUGAAGGCUGAAGCAGUUAGCAGUAUUAUCGUCAAAAGACUAUCCGAUGCUAUUCGCGAUAGGGACCCCAUUAGGGCUGUGAUUCGAGGUUCUGCUACUAAUAGCGAUGGAAGAACGCCAGGUAUUGCUAGUCCUAGCGCCGAAGCUCAGUCUGCUGCUAUCAGAGCAGCGUAUGCUAAUGCAGGUAUUACCAAUUUGAAUGAUACAGCAUAUCUCGAAUGCCAUGGCACCGGAACGCAGGCUGGAGAUCCCACUGAAGUGAAGGGUGCCGCUUCCGCAUUUGGUGCGACACGCUCAGCAGAUAAGCCACUCAUCAUCGGCUCGAUAAAAAGUAACUUAGGACAUGCUGAGCCAUCAGCGGGUAUUUCAGGCAUCAUGAAAGCUGUUAUGGCCAUCGAAAAUGGAAUUAUCCCAGGAAAUCCAACUUUUAUAAAACCUAGUCCAAAGAUUGAUUUUGCUGGUCUCAAAGUGAAGGCUACUCGCACCUCAAUUCCGUGGCCUGAAAGUUCUAUUCGCCGAGCAAGUGUCAAUUCGUUUGGAUAUGGAGGCUCCAAUGCACACGUGAUUCUGGAACAGCCGAAAUUUCCAGAUGGCCCGCAUCACAUCAGUUCAUACCUAUCUGAUACUGACGAGAUUACUUUGGAUGAAGAUGACUCAGAGCAUCCGUAUACACUCGUUGUCUCGGCAAAUGAUAAUGCUUCGCUUAAGGCUAACAUCAAGGCAUUGUGCAACCACUUGAUCAACCCUCGUGUCAAGGUCAAUCUUGAGGAUCUCGCGUAUACGCUUUCUGAAAGGAGAACAAAGCUAUGGCACCGGGCGUAUAUUACAACACGAAGCACAGAUAUUGACGAAAACGAUUUUGUUGUUGGAAAAAAGAAUCCAGAAGCCCUGAGGAUUGGUUUCGUGUUCACUGGUCAGGGUGCCCAGUGGCCUCAAAUGGGGAAGGACUUGCUGCAAUUCUUUCCAUGGACAAGAAAUAUACUCAAUAACCUUGAUGAUGCUCUACAGAGUCUUCCACAGCCUCCAACCUGGUUAUUGAUACACGAGUUAACCAAAGUUCGCAGCGCCGAACACUUUCGUCAACCAGAAUUUUCACAGCCUCUGGUCACAGCACUUCAACUAUGCAUUAUCGACAUUCUUCGAAAGUGGGGUAUCAAACCUCAAAGCGUUGUUGGCCACUCAUCUGGCGAGAUUGCGGCUGCAUAUGCAGCAGGGUUUCUCGACCAAGCCACUGCCAUCAAGGUAGCCUACUAUAGAGGUCGGGCUGCUGUGAAUCGAAAGAACGAAGUCGAAAGUGAUGUUGGUAUGUUAGCUGUGGGUCUAGGAACAGAAGGACUGUUGCCAUUCUUAGAAAAGUAUGCCGGAAAAGCUUGGAUCGCUUGUUUCAACAGUCCUAGCAGUUUGACUGUGUCCGGGAAGCGCGAGGCGCUCGAAAAGCUGGCUGAGGAAUUGAAAGCCAACGGUCAUUUCGCUAGACUUCUCCAAGUCGACCUUGCCUACCACUCUGAGCUUAUGGAGGUGAUUGGUGAAGAGUAUGAGAAGCUUUUGAAAUCGGGCUUCGCUUCCCUUGGUGGAUCAUCAGAUGUAUCGAUGUUUUCUUCAGUCACUGGACUGAAGCAGACUACUACUACCGACGCAUUGUAUUGGAAAACAAACAUGGUUUCACCAGUACGAUUUGAUAAGGCCCUCAACGAGAUGCUUUCGGACGAGAAAGCUCCAAACUAUUUGAUCGAAAUUGGUCCAUCGGGGGCUCUUGCUGGCCCUAUCUCGCAGAUCUUGAAAGCACUACCUAGCAGUGAUGGCAUUUCGUACAGUCCUUCAUGGGCUCGAGGUCAGGCUGCGGGUAAAGCUAUUUUCGAUCUGGCAGGUCGUCUAUUCGUCGCGGGCCAUGACAUUAGUUUGAGAAGUGUCAAUCAGUAUAACAACCCUAAAACCUUGAUUGAUCUUCCAAAUUACACCUGGAAUCACUCCGUCAAGUACUGGCAUGAGAAUGCAUCGAGCAAAGAUUGGAGGUUUAAGCAAUUCGUGAAUCACGAUUUACUUGGAAGCAAAGUCAUCGGGACCACGUGGAAGUCACCAACCUGGCGAAAGCUUCUAAACCUUACUGAUGUUCCAUGGCUGAAAGAUCACAAAAUGGGUUCAGAUGUCUUGAUGCCUGGUGCUGGAUACAUAGCAAUGGCUGUAGAAGCAUUGUACCAGAAAACACGCGCCACUGCGACCGAGGAUCUAAUCAUUAGUUCGCCCAAUGAGCUAUGCUAUCGAUUGAGAAAUAUCCGCUUUGACAAAGCUUUAGUACUAGAAGACGAUAAAGACUCCGCCAUACUUUUAUCGCUGACUCAACAGCAUGGUAGUAAAGAUUGGCAAGAAUUUCGCAUUUCUUCAACGACCGGAGACCUUUUAAUGGAGCAUUGCUCGGGUUUGAUUCGCAUACAAGACCCUGUUGAUGAGCAUUUGGCAGAGUCUGAUAACACACCCCUGCAAUACCCAACUUCUGGCAAGGUCUGGUAUAAAGCUCAGGCGGAAGCCGGCUAUGGCUUUGGUCCCAGUUUCCAGAAGCUACUGAAAGUCGAGUCUAGCAGUGGUCAACGACAAUCUCGGGCACAGGUAUCGUUGGCAGAGCCAGCUUCAAAAUGGUCACCGCAAUCUUAUUAUCCAAUCCAUCCAGCAGCUCUUGAUGGAUGCUUCCAGACAGUCACACCUGCUCUAUGGGCAGGAGAACGCAGCUCAGUAAAUGCUGUCCUGGUACCUUCCAUAAUCGAUGACCUGAUUAUCAACAGUGUGCCUGCUGGUCUCCAGGAGGGUCUCUCGCUCGCUUCCUCGGAAUAUUCUGGCCGUGGUCGUCUGGAAGAAGCUAAGAGCUACUUUGCUAAUUGUUCAGUCUAUCACCCAGACACUGGUGCUCUCCUUAUGCAGAUGUCUGCACUACGCUUCGCUAAGUUAGAUACGGGAAUAAAAACAGAUCCACACGUAUUUGAUUGCAUUUCUUGGAAGCCAGAUAUCACUUUCUUUUCCCAGGAAAAGUUGGGUAGUCUGGAUGCUGAGAAUUCCGAGACUCAACUUGAUUCGGUUAUAAACCUGAUUGCGCACAAGCGGCCUGCUUUGAGAAUUCUUGAGGUCAGCCUCAACCAUAGUGAGACGAGAUCUAUUUGGUUUGAGUCUGAAGAUCCCUUAUCAAGAUCGGCUUAUCUGCAGUAUGACUUUGCUUCGGGAGAUGCGAAGGGUCUCGUCUCUAUCCAAAACAAGUACAAGGCAAAGAGUAAUUCAUCAUUCUUUCUAGUAAAUCCCACUAAAGAUGCCUUGGAUUUGCCACAAGAUGCGAUUUACGACCUUGUGAUUCUCAAAGUUGCAAAGAAUCCGGUGGUUGACCAGAGCUUGAAUGAUAGUCUCGACUACAUCAAGUCUCAUCUUUCCGAGAAAGGAUUUGCGCUUGUAGUGCAAGAGAGUGACUUGCAAUCAAGGAAUAGCUCUGUAACUACCCCUCCUCUUGACGAGAAGUCUCAAUCACCGUCGUCAAUAAAGUCCCCUGAGACGCCAUGGACAGUGAAUGAGUCUUCUGAAGUCACUGUGAGGGACUCUGAAAUUCCCAUUGUGACCGAAACAAUAACACUCGAUGAAGUCCACGAGCUCAAAGAAAAGCUACUUCAGUCCGUUGCGGGUGUUACAAACCGAUUUUCAAACUCUUUAGCGAUACAAGAAGCGAUGGAAGUGAAGGGGGUUACUUCUGUUCUACAGAUCGCUAAUGAUAAUGACAGUCCGGCAUGGUCAUUAUACACUAAUCAAGUCAAAAUCACCUCGCAACCUAGGAACUUAUCUGUCGUGCGGUUUUCGGAGACUACCCCAUCGUUGGAUCCCUCGCUCAAAGCUGUGUUAGAAGUAUCUGGGUGGAAAGUCACAGAGACGACGUACUCACCGGACAAUGUUGCUGCAACAGGAACAGUGGUAUUGAUUCUAGAUGAGCUUCAUAACUCAGUGUUGACCCAAAUCAACGCAACUCAGUGGGAAGGCCUUAAGAUGCUUAUCAAUUCUGGUAACCAUCUGCUCUGGGUCACCAAAGGUGCACAAUACAAGGUGACAGACCCAAACAAUGCUCUCGUUCAUGGUUUAUUCCGCGUUGCUCGUAGAGAGGAUCCUAGCGUUAAACUUAGCGUUCUAGACGUGGAGUCGAGCGCCGGUCCUGCCACGAACUAUGCCAUUGACGCUAUUCUCAAUUCGCUCGAAAUCAACCAUCCAGACUCGAAGUCCGUCAUUGAGACAGAGUUCGUAGAACGCAACGGGACUUUGUAUGUGCAAAGAAUUGUUCCGGACCUCCAAGUGAAUGAAUUCAAGAGAGCCGAGGUUGAAGGCGCAGAGCCUGCACUCAAGAAUUUACACGAAACUGAAGCAGCCGUUCAAUUGAGAGCUGAGCGUCUUGGAACUUUCCAGAGUCUCACAUGGUGUGAAACUGCUGUUGGAGAGGUGCCGGUAGAUUCAGGAAAGAUUGAAGUGGAAGUGAUGGCUGUGGGUGUCAACUUCAAGGACGUAGCUGUGACAAUGGGGAUUGUUCCUGAGAACGAGUACACCACUGGAUACGAAGGAGCUGGUAUCGUAAAGCGCCUUGGACCCGGUGUGACAAAGUUCAAGGUUGGAGAUCGUGUCUGCUUCUUGAACGGAGGCAGUUAUGCAAAUCGUCUCCAAAUGGGUGUCGGGCGAGCUCACAUCAUACCGGAUUCAAUGAGCUUUGAGGAUGCCGCAACUAUACCUUCGGUGUACUUGUGCUCAAUCUAUUCUCUCUACGAUAUUGCCAAUCUGAGAGAAGGACAAUCUGUUCUGAUCCAUUCGGCAUCUGGUGGUGUUGGAAUUGCAUGCAUUCAAUUAGCCCAAUACAAGAAGGCCGAGAUUUAUGUUACAGUUGGCACAGAGGAAAAGCGCAAAUUUCUAACCGAAAAUUACGGCAUUCCACCGUCGCGUAUGUUUUCCUCGCGUAACACAAAGUUUGCUAAGCAGAUAAUGCAUGCAACCAAUGGUCGCGGUGUCGAUGUGAUCAUCAACUCCCUCGCUGGAGAAUUGCUCGAUGCCUCGUGGCGAAUCUGCGCCGAUGGUGGAACUAUGGUUGAGAUUGGAAAGAAAGACAUCGUUGACCGUAACACUUUAUCUAUGGAGCCGUUCGAUCGCAACUGCUCAUACAGAGCGAUGGACUUUUCUUACACAGAAAACAUCGUAGAUCCAUUGAUUUCAAGAUUGCUAGACCAGAUUUUCGAGUUGGUUAAUGGUGGCCAUGUGAAGCCCAUUCACCCAGUUACCAUCUUUGGAUUUAACGACAUUCCAGCAGCACUGGCCUACAUUCGUAGCGGUCGACACAUAGGGAAGGUCGUUAUCUCCGAUAAAGGAAUAGACUCGCAGGUGCCUAUUAGGCCAGCAACACGCAAACUCAACCUUAGAUCUGAUGCUUCCUAUCUCAUAGUUGGUGGCUUGAAAGGCUUAUGUGGCUCCCUGGCUAUUCAUAUGGCGCGGCAUGGAGCUAGGCAUAUCAUCGCUUGUAGUAGAAGUGGCAUUAGCGAUGUUGCGUCACAAAAGAUUGUGAAAAACUGCCUUGCAUAUGGAUGCGAAGUUGUAGAUGCUCAGGGUGACGCUGCGAGCGUGAGUUUCAUGAGUAAAGUCUUCAAGGAGGCAUCACCACGAAUUGCCGGGAUCAUUCAAGGGGCUAUGAUACUCAGAGACAAACCAUUUGAAACCAUGACACUGGAUGAUUACCACACGGCCCUUCACGCCAAAUUCAAUGGAACAUGGAAUCUGCAUCAUGUUUCUCAAGAACAAAAAGAGCCACUUGACUUCUUCACUUUGCUUUCGAGCAUCUCCGGUAUUGUUGGAAACAAGGGACAGGCCAAUUAUGCUGCGGGAAACACAUUUCUGGAUGCGUUUGCCCAGUAUCGUGAAUCGCUCGGUCUUCGGGCAAAUUCUGUUGAUCUCGGCCUCAUAGAAGACGUUGGCUACGUGGCCGAGCAAGAGGGUUUCGAUGCUCGUUUCGACAAGAGACAGUGGACGCCAGUAACUGAAAAUACAUUGCGAAAGAUUUUGAGCUAUUCCAUCUUGCAGCAAGACGAGAAAGCACCGAUUAAUGCAAGUAGCAACACACAGCUGAUCGCUGGUAUUGGGUUUCCACUGCCCGAGGACUCAGAUCUCUCGUACGAAGGAAGAUUUGGGUAUCUUUUCCAAAGCGCGGCAGGUGGCAAUAAAGAUGGCGGAAGUGGCCAGGGCGAUGAGACAAUAGAAGCAUUUCGGAUGAUGCGCAAAUCAGGAGCUGACAAGGCAGCCCUGGCCAAAGUAUGUGUGGAGGUGAUUGCAACGCAAUUUACCAAGAUCUUACGGCUGGAAACCGAGAUGGAAACGGCGAAACCCCUAAUAUCAUAUGGAUUGGAUUCGCUCGCAGCAGUCGAGCUGCGGAAUUGGAUUCGUAUUGAGCUUGGGGCCGAACUAACGACACUUGACAUUACUAAUGCCAGUUCACUUAUUGCACUGUGCGAGAAACUCGUGUCAAAGCUCCUAUAG